GCCUGUUUUUCCUUCAAUUGCUCGUCACUCAGCUUAUUUAGCCAACGCUGGUUGAUAAAUUGAGGCGAGCUUCUCGUUGACGAUUGGUGAAAUCUACGCUCGAACUGAUCUUGAUACCGCGCGCCCUAUCUUACAUGACUUCCUUGUGACGUAGAACAGUGACGAAAGAGAAUAAACAAUAUACCUUAUAUAAUUGUUGCUGAAACGGAAAUCCGCAACAUUUAAACUUUGGCUUCUUCAACAAUUAUUUCAUAACGUUUAAGGACAUCAACACAUGAAAGCAUAGUUUUCUUCUUCUAAACUUAGAGAAAAAUGAGAUUGAUUGUAAUUGUUUCAUCAGCCAUCAUCUUACUGGGAUUAUUUUGUACCAGUUUUAGUCUCUCUGUGACUAACUAUGGUGGAAAGCAAAUCAGCAUGUUAAGACAAGGAGAGAAGUAUGCAACGAACAGAAAAUGUUAUGCUUGGGAAGAUGUUCAACCAAAAUAUCAUGGAAUGACACACGUAAGAGGUUUGAACCAUAAGCAAGGUCCAUUUAUAUUUUAUGUUGAUGUUCCUGUGAUUGUUUACCUUGCUGUUGACUCCCGUUACUCCUACAUUCAUGGCAAGGCAUAUGAGAAUACCCACGAAAAAAUAAUGUUAGGUGGUUGUCAUACACGAACACCGUUCAUCAUUUACAAAAGAAAACAAAUUCUUGGUCCUGGCAAAGUUACAAUAAAUUUCACGACUUCGCGAAUGACAGGUGUUUUUAUUCGUGAUGCUCGACUAGUUCAACCAGCAGCUGAACUUAAAAUUGUCCUUCUCACUUCAUCAUAUGCUGAACUAAGCAUGAUUUAUGAUGGAGAAAAAUUCAGCACGAAUCGGGAUUGUUAUAAAAUGACUGAUAUUCCUCCGCGAUUUUACGGACUAACACAUGUUCGUCUUUUAAACGACGAACGUUCGUUUUCCUUUUUGAUUAAUGUACCAGCGAUAGUAUACAUAGCAAUCGACUCUCGUUACCAGAAUAUACUUCCAGGAAAAUUUAAAAAAACUGGUGAGAAAAUUGUCCAUGCAGGCUGCCAUCCACCUGUAGAUUUUCCAGUUUAUUCCAAGAAGUUUAAUCCCGAUAAAAUUUCGGUCAAUUUGAAUGAGUCCCGAAUGCUUGCUGUUUUUGUGGAGCCGCUUGUUGACAAUACAUUUAAAUCUGGUGUUUAUUAAAAGUCGAAAGCUCUUGAUGGAUUGUAUUUUUACUUUCUUCAUUCAAUGAAUAAUGAAAUAAACUUUCAUUUCAUA